AUGGGUCGCCCGAAGCCUAUUGCUGUAGAUCUUUUAGCCGACUUACCUGCCGAUGUUGAUGCUGUUCCAGCUCAAUCCAUGCCCCCACCAAAGCCCAAAAGAAUCAAAAAGGCACAACCCAAGGCCAAAGCCACUGAGGUUGAGGCCGAGGAUGCUCUGCCCAUCUCUCAAUUGGCCAAGAAUAGAAAGAGUACCUCUACUUCUGCCAAGAGGUCUGCUGAGGCCCAACCAUCAGGAUCCACUCAAUCAAAGAAGCGGAGGUCAUCGUCUGCGACGACCUCGGGUUCCAAGAAACCCGAUGUCCCCUGGGCCCCAAAGUUGACUUUGGAGGAUAAGCCAAUUAUGUCAACUGAGAGUGCCGACGACAUUAAUCUCAAUGUUCUUGAAGAUUCUCCUCUGCACAAGGCUGAAGCUAUUCCUCUCCCAUUCCCUCCUCCUGCUCCAUCUUCAAGUCAAGCUGAAGAUGAGGCAGAAUCUGAGGCUGAGGAUGAAGAUAAUAAUGAAGAUGAGGCCUUGGGUGAUGAGGUUGGGGAGGCGCCUAGGGAAGCUGUUACAGGGAUAUUAUCAUCCGACCUCCUUUUAGCUGAAAGAAGUCUUGACAAAACGCUUGUAGAGAUUGAUGCCGAGCUUGAAGCAGAAAAGAUUGCCGAGGAGGUUCCACCAGAAUCUUCCAAGGUCCCAGCGCCUCCAGCUGUUAAUGCUGAAGAAUCCUGA